AGCUGGUGUGCUCCCAAAAUUUGAUGUAGCCAUUUUUUUGGCUGACUGUACCAGAAAAAAUUGCUUCAAGAGCUAUAUAGUUUUAUAAUGGACUGAGGUAUAUGGUGAAAUCACUGUUGUUGUAUGUGUAAAUAAACAUCUGAAGACAUUAGGUUGUUGUGGUUUACGUGUAUUUUGUGAUUGACAAUAUGUUAUAAUGUUAUGUAAAUAUUGUAUUGUAUCUAUAUGUUAUGUGUGUACCCAGGGUCUCCCUGACCAGUCACUGACCAGAGAUUACCGUGGUAAGAUAAUACAGAAACAAAAUAAUGAUAUACUUUACAUAACCCUUUUUAUCCAGCUUGGCUGCCUUAGAUAAUUUCAUCUUAGAUUAACAUAAAUGAGAUCUCUAAAAUAAGACUAAAAUGUAUACGUAUUCAUAAGUAACAUGAUUUAUGAGGGUAAAAAACAACAACAUUUCUAUGUAUUUUUAUGAGUCUACCAGCAACAGCCCUAUGACUGAAUUGUCCAUUUGUUUACACAAUUAAUGUAAUUGAGUUCAAAGUAACUUGUACAAUAUAACGAUCUAGCGUUGGAAAUAUUUAAGCAUAAUUCGGCCAUUUUGUACGUUUCUGUCAGCACCCAAAUGAGCUAGGUAGAGGUAACAUGUACAACAAGCAGGUCGUAAUAGGUUUACAUCGCUUGUUAUUUCCUCUCUGCGUGUGAACUAAAUAUGUACACGCAGGUCACUAACGUGGCAUAUUAACAGACAUGAACAAUCAAAACGGGUCAUUGUUCGUUAAUAUUCAACGUGAUGUUGUCUCGUCACAAGGAGCAUGUCAGCACAAGGUCCGCUGUUCUGUGUCAACAUAGGAGCGGCUGACAAAACUUUGCGGAAGUAGCGAACUCCCGACAGGUACAGAAAUACACGGAAAUUAGACCAUGAUAAUCAUGUUUCUGAUGCUUGUUGUGAUUGUUGGAGCUUCUGCGGAGUUCGGGGAUGAAGUGACCUGUCCGCUGGGACCUGUAACUCUGAAGGACCCGAUCGGUCACAUCUCGAGCCCCGGGCACUACCCGGACAGCUACACCAACAACCAACAUUGCGAGUGGAACAUCCGGGCACCUGAAGGCUACACCGUCAUGAUCAAGUUCAAGAGCAUCCAGCUGAGCGAGCGACCUGAUCAGCAAGGGGUUCGUACCGGGCCAAACCAUGUCAGCAUUUACGAUGGGGAUAAAACUGAAGGUUUAUUAUACAGGUAAGCUUAGUAUGAAAAAAAUGACAACAAUACAUAAUUUCGACUAUCAAUUAAUGUCAUAGUUGUUACACUAUUCUAUAUAUCAAUUCUUAAUCUUGACAAGCAAAAGGCAGGAAGAGAGUAUACGUUAUUCUAAUUGUCAAUUACUGAAUGCUGUAGAAUGCUGAAUUGUUGUAAAUCUUUUGAUUUUUGCGGGACUUACA